AUGUUAUUCUGGAUAAUUUGUUGGUCUUUUUGUGUCUCUGGUGCACCCAGUAGCUUUAAAAGUAUGCCAAGACUGUGGAGUAGCAAUAUAGUAUACUGUGGCAGGAAUGCCUUGCAGUUAACAUUACCUAAUGGCAGCUUUGUGAUGACCCUUAGGGUACAAAUACUAGAUGCUGCUGGUAAAGUCUUUUUCCAUGAUGAGCUGAAAUGUCCAGUGCAUCUCCAGAUGCUCCAAGUAGCAGUAUAUGCUGAACUCUAUAGAAACAGUUGUGAUUCUCAAUCUAUAUCUCAGGAAGAAUGUGAAGAAAAUGCCUGCUGCUAUACCCCUGGUGAUCCUCAUGUUCCUUGUUACUAUGGCAAUACUGUGGCUGUACAUUGCACACCAGAUGGUCAUUUCUCCAUUGCUGUAUCUAGUAAUGUGACUUUGCCAUCACUAAUUCUGGAUUCUGUGCAUCUCAUUUGUGAACAUGGGUUUAGCUGUGCUCCUCUGACAAAGAAUAAAGUCUUUCUCUUCUACAAAUUUCCACUUUAUGCCUGUGGGACCACUGUUCAAAGAAUUGGAGAUCAUGGCAUCUAUACCAAUGAGCUGAUAGUGUGCCAUGACAUUCAAAACUGGAGCAUGGGCUCCAUCACUCAUAACAGUACUUUCAGACCACAUCUCAGCUGUAGGUAUUCAACUAGGGGCUUUUUACCACUUGCAGUACAAGUCUUCACUCUGCCACCUCCAGUUUCAGUACCUCAGUAUGGACCACUUAACUUAGAGCUAAGAAUUGCCAAAGAUAAAUGCAAUUACAUGAGCUAA